GAGGAUGCAUUGGCCUCUGAAGAUUGGAUCGGCAGCCUCGAUGAGGACCUCCGAGAUCCGAUAGGCCGCUCACGAUUUUGAACGGCUCAGGUCCCUAGCUAGCCGCUUCCGCUCAAGCGUUGGCUCAGCACGUCCAACAAGGGGAGGGACUCUGAGGGUGUUCCACCCUAAGGGAUCGAUGGGACUGUUCCCUCAUGUCGCGACGUCUUCCGUCGGCGCGUCAGAACAGAGCGCUGUCUUCGUCAGUGCGCUGUUGAGCUUGGCGGUUUGUGCAGCAUUCGUGGCCCACACGCUCGCGUGCAAGGGCCAGUUCUUGCAGUUCUGGGAGACCUUCAUUUUCGGAGUCCAAGUGUCAGAUCCUGACAUUCGAAAAGAGAUGACGAAUAAGCUCAGAGCUGAAAGCCAGGACAACGCCCGCCGCAUAAUGUUCGUCGUCAUCGUGUGGUGCUGCGUGAACCUGAGCUUUAUGGUUAUUCACAUCGUUGCCAACGUCCCUCGGUGGAUGACCUUCUGGCAGGACGUUGUGUGUAUACUCAUAGGCUUUUCUGGCGUAUGCUGCCAGUUGGCACUGAGGCACAGGCAGGAGCAGGCGACAGUCUCUGCAGUGUACUUGGUCUUCAUGGUUGGGCAGACGGUCUUUGUGAGUGCUGGCCCCGCUGAGCAGGUGCCUUACAUUGCCAUAGCAGGCCUCUGCAUGCUGAGCCGGGCGCUGUUCAGCGUGGCGUGCAUGAGGGUUCCUGUGGUUUUGGGCCUGACGUCGAUCCACUUCCUCUGCGCCACCGCCGGCUUCGCGCGGACGGAGGCAUGUUGCCCCGACGGCAACAGCUUCUGCCAGCGGCAGAACAUGCAGCUCUUCAUCGUCGCCGAGCUCGUCGGGGACGUCGCCAUCAUCGUGUGCUCUGUCGCGUGGUGUCACAACUGCAGGCUGCGUAUCCUCAACGAGAUCCAGGCGUCCAUCGCGCAGAGCGACAGCAGCGCCUCGAGGAGCCUCCUCAACAUUGUCUGUGACGCCACCGUGGAGCUGGACGAGCGGCUGCGGAUCGUGGACGAGACCCCCCGUUUCGCGAGCCUCCUGCAGCACGGCACCGAUCGUUCCCUGAGAGGUUCGAGCAUGGUUCACCUAGUGGUCGAGGAGGACCGCAAGUUGUUCACCGACCGCAUCUCCUCCGCCAGCGACGACUGCACGGCGAACGUGUUCCACACGCGAAUCCGCGACGGCAUCAGCAACGUCCUCAACAUGGAGGUCUUUCACGUCCGGGCCUCUGGCUACCUGAAGCCCGACUCACACCUGGUCGGAGUGCGCGAGUACGCCGACGCCACGGAGCACGUGGCCACGCUGUCGCCGACGGAGCCGGCGCUGAAGGGCUGCGGAGCGCGUGGACGGAGCACGCGGACACCCGGCAAGCGGCCGAGUUCCCAGAGCUGGAGGGCGUGCCCGGCGGAGGCGGAGCCGCGAGGUCCGCCGCGAGGCGCGUGGUCUUUGUCCUCCUCGCCGUCCUCUGCCCGCAGCCUCUCCAGCGUGGACGGCGAGACCCUCGCCGUAAUCGACAUCCUCUCCGAGAGCUGGACGAUCGUGAGCUCCACCGCGGGCUUCGAGCUGUUCUGGGGCAACGCGCCGCGGUCCGGCCGCGCCUGCCAGCUGCUGGAGUGGGUGGAGCCGGGCCAGAGGGAAUCCCUGGUCGUCUGGGUCCAGACCUUGUGCCAGGAGAUGUGGGCCGAGCCCGCCGCCACGGGCCCCGCCCGCGCGCGGAGCCUCGAGCGCCAGGUGUGCCUGCGGCCCCCGUCGCUCUGGCACAUCCGGCCGAAGGCGGCGUACGUGGCCAGCGUCGCCCUGGCUCUCCACGAGGAUAGGGGGCGCGAGGUGCAGCAGCCGUGCACGCUGGUGCGGCUGAACUUCUCGGGCAUCCAGAUGGUGCACCAGAGCGGCGCCUGGCGCGAGGCUGUUCGCAUAUGAUUCUCGCCGCCGCCUCUCGCCGUUCCCUGGUGCCAGAUGUCUCCCCCUGACUUUUCCUCCUGUCCUCUCCCGGAGAGCUUUGGAGGGACUGGCCACUGCCCCGGCGACCCCACUCGGUGACUGUGUCUGUGUGCUUCCCUUCCUUUCCCUUUGCCCAAGGACGCUCCCAGGGCCUCCUACCUUUGCGAGGCCAUGGGCGUCUCCGGAACCCCGCGAGCGCCUGUGCCACGCGCCCAGCGACCGUUGAGUCUGACCAUCAUGCUCACAUGCGCCCUCACCUCCUCCAUUCGCAGACUUCUCAAGUCCUCCACCUGACUGGCUGACUCAUGGCACGCUAAGGUUCAUCCUGCAGCCAGCCAUCCUGCCAUCCUCCACCUCCGCCACCUCCUCCUCCUCCUCCUCUCGCCCUGGCCCGCCUCGCUGCGCGAGGAGUGCCCCCCGGCCCGUGCGGGCGCGGCCCCGCGCCGCCGCGGCAGGGAGCCCGCGGCCCGGCCGGCCCCCGGGGAGG